GCGCGUGACAAGAUUUGUACCGCAAUUCCACCGUUGCGUGGUCGGGAAAUGCGGUUUGAAACUUUCAAAGUGUUCUUGCCGUUUUGAGCAGAAAAACGUACUGCACGAGGAAUUGAGGACCGGGUCUGCCCAUCUUUUGUACGAUCGCAUCACCCUUUAUAAAACACGAAAGCCUCCCUCAAGUACCCAGAUUUCCGAUCCCGAGCUCAGAACCCUCGUCCGCUUCCCCCGUCCUCAGCGCCUCGAGCUCCGACCAUGGACGGCAUGGACCACGACCACAUGCCCGGCAUGGACGGGGCGAUGGCGCCGCCGCAACACCACGAGGGGAUGAUGAUGCACAUGACCUUCUUCUGGGGUACGCGCUCCGAGAUCCUCUUCUCCGGCUGGCCCGGCGACCGGGCCGGCAUGUACGCCCUCGCCCUCGUCUUCGUCUUCGCCCUCUGCUUCCUAGUCGAGUGGAUCUCCCACAGCCGCAUCCUCCCGCCCGCCAAGCCCGGCGCCGUCGGGGCCGGCGUCCUCCGGUCGCUGCUGCACGCGGUGCGCGUGGGGCUCGCGUACCUGGCGAUGCUCGCGCUCAUGUCCUUCAACGGCGGGGUGUUCCUCGCGGCGGUGGCCGGGCACGCGGUGGGGUUCCUGGCGUUCGCGAGCGGGGCGUUCGGGAAGCCGGAGGAGGCGGCGGCCGGAGGGCCGUACGCGGGGAAGGCCAGCGCGGACCUGCCGCCGAUGAGCUGCUGAUUCCCGGCAGGUGCGAGGUGGGUGUGGCUGAGAUUUUAGAUGUGAAAUAGAUUGUUAGUUGGUGAUAACGAGUUGUGGUGUUGUCGUGGCGAGUUAAAACGUAACAGAAUGAAGAUAUGUGUGGUUAUGUAAAAAUCAUGGAAUGGUAUGAUUUACAUAUUUUACUGAAGCCGGAGACAGAUUGAAAUAAAGGUCCGUGGCUCGUUUCGAGCAGCUUUUUUGCUUUU